GUGCUAAUUAUACAGAGGAGUGGCAGAGGCUGUUUUCCUGGUGAUAAAAGAGAACUUAAAAGAAACAAAUGUUAUUGGUUGAAUCUCUUCAAUAUCAAGGGUCCUUUCCAGGACUCAGCCUAAAAACCAACCCAAAAGUUUGUCCUAUUCAUUUCCACACCUGGCCUUGUGCAGGCAGACAAUACAGGCUGAUCUGUAUUGUACAUAACUUUCUUUCAUUCAUUCAUGCUCUAUGCUCAAGAGUUAUGCUUGUGCCUGUACAUGAGCCAGCUCAGGGAUAGGAGCAGCAACAAGCAUCCUGUUUUCUCGGCUUGGUUCAAAGCUAGUCCUUGCCGGUCGAAAGGAGGAUAACUUGAAGAGGACGAGAGAUGCGUGCAUGCAGACAGGAGACGAGGAGCCUCUUCUGGUUGUCGGAGAGCUGAGAGAUAGUUCAUACAGAGAAAACCUUGUUGAGCGGACGGUGGAGAAGUAUGGAAAGCUGGAUAUUUUGGUCAACAAUGCUGGGAUUAUAUCUCUAGGAUCUAUUGAGAACAGUACUCUGGAGAACUAUGACACCAUGAUGGAUGUUAAUGUUCGGUCCGUGUUCCAUCUAACAUCAUUAGCAGUGCCUCACCUCAUUGACACCAGAGGAAACAUAGUAAAUGUAUCCAGUGUGAAUGGGAUACGAGCAUUUGCAGGAGUUUUGAGUUACUGCAUGUCAAAGGCCGCUUUGGAUCAAUUUACAAGAUGUGCUGCACUAGAUCUAGCCCCCAAGGGAGUGAGGGUGAAUUCUGUCAACCCUGGAGUAACAAUAACUGAACUGCAGAAGCGAGGGGGCCUUAGCGAUGAAGCUUAUGCUAAUUUCUUGGAGAGGAGUAAGAUGACGCACGCCCUCGGCCGCCCAGGAGAAGCCGGUGAGAUUGCGGAGAGUAUUGCCUUCCUAGCAUCGGAUGCAUCGUCAUUCAUCACUGGAGCCACCUUGCCAGUAGAUGGCGGCAGACACGCUAUGUGCCCAAGAUAAGAGUUACAUCUUUACGUGGUUGUAAUGAUCCAUGUCCAUUCAUCAUCAUUCAAAUCAGUCAGCUUUUCCCCCUUUCCGAAGGGUUCUUGACUCUAACUUUAUGAUGACGGCACUCUCUCUUUCCAUUUCUUUCCUCGUUCAGACCUACCUUACUGCUUCCUUUCUUCACCAUAUCUUUCGCAAGAUCUUUCCAUGUUACCUUUGGUCUUCCAUUUCCGUCUUCUUCUCAUGCCAUCCACUGUAAUGAUUAAUUAAUUUUUGUUAUAAAAAUGUAUGUGUAACAUGUGUCUUCAGUCAUUUGCUGGAGCCAUUUUGCCAGUAGAUGGCGGCAGACAUAUUUGCCCAAGAGAACAGUUAUACUAUGUGAUUAUUAAUUAAUCAAUUCAUGAUCUUAAUAGAAUAAUAUGUGUUAUUCAUUACUGGAGCCAUCUUGCCAGUUGAUGGCGGCAGAUAUAUUUGCCUAAGAUAAGGGUUUUAUAUGUUCAUGUGUUUGUAAUGACUGAUCCAUUCAUGAUAUCAAUCAAAUAAUAUGUGUCAUUCAUUACUGUAACCAUCUUGCCAGUAGAUGGCGGCAGACAUAUUUGCCCAAGAUAAGUUAUACUGUGUGAUUAUGAUUGAUCAAUUGAUUAUAUUAAUACAAAAUCAUGUGUCAUUCAUUCAUUGCUGGAACCGUCUUGCCAGUAGAUGGCAGCAGACAUGAUAUGUGCCAAAAAUGUGGAUUGUAUGUUUAUGUCAUGAUAGCUCAAUUCAUGAUUUUGAUAGAACAUGUGUCAUCAUUUAAGAGACAUGAUAUAAAUUGAAUUAUUCAUUACUGGAGCCAUCUUGCUAGUAGAUGGUAGGCAGCCUGUGUGAUAUGUGCCAAACAUAAGGAUUAUUUCUAUGUGAUUAUACUGAUUGAUCAAUUCAUGAUAUAAAGGUACAUGUGCCAUCAUGUAUUACUUGAGCUGCCCUACCAGUAGAUGGCAACGAACAUACGUGCCCGAGAUGAAAGCUCUAUAGACAUUUUUGUAUCAUUCAUUCAUUGUUUAUUCAUUGAAUAAUGAUCAUGAUAUGUAAAUGUAAUUGCGCACACUGUUUAUGGUGCACUGUUUUGAGUACUAAGUUCCAUAAGGGCAAGCUAUUGUCAAUGUGUUGCCAAAGGGGAAGUUUUAGACGUUGGUGUAACUAAAUUCUUUGUGAAACACCCCUUUGGAUGAACUCGUGAAGUGAAAUUGAAGCAAGAGUUGAAAACGGUUUAUAUUUGACAGCCGGGAAAAUAACUCUUUUUUUUCCAAAGACAAAGCAAAACCUGUUUUUUUUGUGUGAUAUGCAUCAUAUGAUGAAUGUUAUCAUUGUAUUCAAUAUUUAUGAUAGCACUUCAUGUAAAUGUUUGUAAGUGCUGCAUAAUUACCACAGCUGUAGCAUGAUUAGUCACUGUAUUAACAGUGGCUGUAGAUAAGUUUUGAUAGUGGGGGUUGGGGCUAAUCAUGAAUUAUUUUUUGUACACUUUUAAUUUUAGAAGUUGGAGAGGCCUUAAGCCCCUAGCCACCCAGCCAGCAUUUCAAGGAAAAGUCUAACCUCUUGGUACCCCAUUCACUUCACCUGGGUGGGGAGUGGUAAAUGUGUAUAAAUGCUUUGCCGGAAGGAAGCUAGCACUGCAGUGGGAUUUGAACCCAUCGUCACAACUGUGAUAAAUGGUGGUGAUUUUUUUUUACCUGAUUGCUACUAAAAAAGGAGGCAUAAAUGUUUGUAAGCAAGCAACCAGAGGAAUAAGUGGAAUACACAAAUAAAGAGUCCUUCAAAAUUGAA